CCAAUGGCUGUAGAUCUAGUUGGCUUCUCCAAGAUUGAUGAUCGGACGGCCAUGCAAGAAGCUGCCUCCGCUGGCCUGCAAAGCAUGGAGCACCUCAUCCGCGCCCUAUCCAAUCACCCCCCGUCCCAAACCCCACUCGAUUGCCGGGAAAUCACCGACUUCACCGUGACAAAGUUCAAGCAGCUAAUCUCUGUUCUGAACCGGACCGGUCACGCGCGGUUCCGCCGUGGACCGGCCAAUCCACCUUCCGACCCGGUCCACCCAAAACCUCAGACGACUUUGACUGUUUUUCAAACACCAAAGUCCGACAAAGAUUCCUCCACUACUCUGUCCCCGCCGCUCUCCACUACGUCGUCGUUUCUAUCCUCCAUCACAAUCGGUGACGGCAGCGUUUCCAACGGUAAAGCCUUCUCAUCGAUUUCCGUGCCUCCGGCGCCGGCAUUCUCCGCUGGAAAACCCCCCCUUCCACAAUCUCACCGGAAACGGUGUCACGACGGCGAAACAGCUAAAACAUCAUCGUCUGGCCACUGCCAUUGCUCUAAAAGAAGGAAGUCUAAGGUUAAGAGGACGAUCAGAGUGCCCGCGGUUAGUUCGAAAAUCGCCGAUAUACCGGCCGAUGAGUUCACCUGGAGAAAGUACGGUCAGAAGCCGAUCAAGGGCUCCCCUUACCCGAGAGGGUAUUAUAAGUGCAGUACAGUGAGAGGCUGUCCGGCGAGGAAACACGUGGAGAGAGCUCAGGACGACCCCACUAUGCUCGUCGUUACCUACGAGGCUGAGCACCAUCACCCGCACCCUUCCCUCACAGCCGCAAAUGUGGGCCUUGUUUUCCAAUCUUCUAAGGAAUGAGGCGGGGUCCACAUUUUUUGAUUCGAUCAUCACCGUUGAAGGCACUCCGUGACGGUGGAGCACUAUUACAGCAAGUGAACUUAGCGCUCUUUCAGAAGUCAAAAAGGAAAAAAUGCUGAAUUACAGAAAUGAAAUAUACGGUGUAAUGGAAAAUGGAGAGGGGUAUGAUGUAAAUUAUGAAAGAAAAGAAGGGUUAAGGAGAAAGAUGGAAAAUAGAAUAUAUAGUUUUGAUGAAUUAAAUAUAUUGAAUGGGGUGAUG